AUGACAAGGAUGACACCUCAAGCCUUUGAAGACAGCAGCAAAAAGAGAGGUGAAGCAAUAAGGAAGAGCAGUGCCACACAGGGCACAGAGCUGAGAAUGUGGCUUGCAACUGCAAUUCUAAUUGCUGCUGCUGUAUGCUGGGCUGGGGAGGAGGCAACUGUCGGGGAAGGAAUUCCUUGCUCAAAGUACCAGAUAGCUUUCAACCAUUCAUGCUAUGAGUUUAUCAGGCUGCAGCGCACCUUCAUAAGUGCCCAGAGCUGGUGCGAGAGAGGAGGGGGGCACCUUGUCUUUAUCAGAGAUGAGGAAACUCAAGACUUCUUGCAAAAACAUCUCUCUGAGGACCAGGAGUGGUGGAUAGGACUGAUCUCAAACUCCUUGCUGAAUGAAACUUCUGACGGGUCAGUGAUUUGGCUGGACACUUCAAAUAUAAGCUACAGUAACUGGUAUGUGGAUCAACCAUCUCCCUUCUCAGCCACAUGUGGAUACAUCCUGAAGAAUGCCAAGCAUCAGUGGGGUAUGACUGAAAACUGCAGCCAGGAAUUUGGCUUCAUUUGCGAAUUUGAAUCUGGCCAGAGCAUUGCUUGUAAUAACUACAAUGCCACUGUACAGUGUGGAUCAGGUGAAGUUAUUGAAAUUGGAGAGAGCUUCUAUGGGCGCAAGACCCCUCACUACUGUGUUUUGGAGACGCCUCUCCAGUAUGAUACAGACGAAGACUGUAGCUGGAUCAGUGUCAAGGAUGAAGUAGCAGGACAGUGCCAUGGUCUCCAGGCCUGCCAGGUGGCAGCAGAUGGCUCUUUCUUUGGAGAUCCUUGUCCAGCUUCGGGAAGCUAUUUGUCUAUUCAGUACUACUGCAAGGAAGGUCUGCAGCUGGCUGUAAGGGGGGCAAGCUUUGCCUCUGAGGACAUCACACUCGCUUUGACCUGGAUGCUCUCUCCAUACUCUGGCAACCUCUCAUGCAUCAUUAGCACUGGAGAUGGACACAGUAUUGAUCCCUAUUACCCUCCAAUGCUGGUCAGCAACGUCACACACACAUAUUCAUCUCCCGGAGAGUUUACUGUUUUUGUGGAAUGUACAACCAGCGAAUGGCACGUGACAGCUCAGAAACGGGUGACCGUUCAGGAUAAGAGGGAUCAACUUAGCAUUACUGGGUGCUAUAGCCAGUAUGAAUCUGGAAACAGCUCUUACUGCCGCACUCUAUAUGGAGAGUUGUUAUGGAUUCAAGUAGAACUCAGUGGAGGUAAUGAAGUGACCUACGUUAUAUUAGCAGAUAACAAGACAAUCACUGAAUCCAGUACAAAAGAAGGAAUUGUCCCUCACAAUCUGACACUCAACAGUACCUUGCAAGAGCUACUAGGCCCUGGGAUACAUCAGCUGGAAAUCCGAGCAUCCAGUAACAAAACCACAUUGGAACUCUCCAAGAGCAUUGCUGUCCACUUCAUUGAGCCAGUAUCUGGUCUUCAGGCUGUAUUAGCUUCUCACACUCUGGAGCUGGGAGAGAAUUUAGAGAUAAAUGUCUCUGUGUCUCAUGGAGCCCCAGAUACACUGAAGUUUGAGGUUGUGGGAUCCAAUGAAACAAACUCUCAUGAGGAAGACAGCCCUCACGGGGAGCCUCAAACAUACAGCAUACCUGUGUACUCCGAAGGUACUUUCCUAGUAAAAGUGGUGGCCAUGAAUGCCUUCUCCAACAUGAGCGUGGAUAUUGGACUCAUCAACGUGCUGGCAAACAGUUCCCUUAAAGAAGAUUCUGCUAAUGUAAAAGAUAGUUCCAAAACAAAUACCCAGAAGACAAAU